UUCAAAACAGACCCUUCCUCCCCCAAAAAUCUACCAUGGAUGCCCCUCUCCGCCACCACCACCCCUCCACCGCCGUCAAUCCGCCGGAGGAAACCCCUCCAGACCCGUCAAACUCCGGCGGCGCAAAACCCAAAACGGCAAUUCAUAAAAGAAAGAAUAAAAAGAAGAAACAAACAUUAGUCUCAGACUCUGCGUCGUCAGCCUCUUCGAACAAUUGUAGCUGCGUCUCUUCGUCUUCGCAAAAGGGAAUCAAGAUUUAUAGAAGCAGUAAAAGAAUCCGGGUCGGAUCUUUAACCACGGCCCGGAAAUUCGGCCCGAGUGAUGUCGACGCCCUCGGCCUUCCUCUGGGAAUGUCAAUUGCCGCUGUCGUUGCUCAGGUUUUGGAGCGAAAAAGUGCAGCUGGGGGGACGAUAUCUACGGAUUAUCUUUCUGAGAUCUGCAUUUUGGCUGUAAAAGAGUCUCUAGGAAAUGUUUUUGGUGACAAAUUCGAUAAUUUCGCCACCAACUUCGAGAAAUCAUUCCGGAGUACAUUAAUGACCUUGAGAUUAAUCAACGAUUCAUCAUCUCAAAGCGUUGAAGAACAUACUCGAAAAGCUCGAUUCCGAAAGUGUUCUUGCUCAGUAGAAGAUUCCAGAAGCACUUGCAGCGACGGAGUAGAAGAUUCUAGAAGCGACGGGGACAACUUCGUAUCAAUUCACGAGAAUUUGCCGAUGAAUUUGAUGAGUCAACAGCUCGUCUUGCGCAAUGACCAAAACAUAGAGCCGAAUUUUGCUUCUAUUAGAAGAACGGGCUCGUCUAAUUCCAUGCUGAGCACUAUAGAAAAAUCAGUUGUCGAGCAAACUCGUUCGAACGAUUUAAAGGCGUUUGAGAUCGGACUUAUUAUGAAGAAGAUGCAGCUUAAGGAGAGACAAUUGGAAUUAAAUUGCGAUGCGAAUUUGUUGGACAGGUGGAAAUUGUCGAUGGGAUUUUCCAAGGCAUCUUUUAAAGCCGAGAAAUUCAAAACUCAGUUACAAGAUAACCGACAAGUGGAGAUGCUUCGGAAAUGCUUGGAUUUUCUUGUUGCUGGUUUGAUUAUUAUGCUGUUUUCGAUCGGUUACGGGACUUACGUUUAUUCUCACCGAAGAAUUAUUGAAGCUAGUGAAUCUUGUUCUCCUUAUACGGAAUCGAAGUCUUGGUGGAUGCCUAAAUCAAUGUCGACAUUCAACUCGGGAAUCCAAUUAUUAAAAUGCCAAAUCCAAGUCUUUAGCCGAAUGCUAUUUGGCGCUAUAAUGAUCGGUGCAAUCGCCUUUCUUCUCAUCCAAAGAUCCGCCACUUCGAAUCAAACGAUGCCCAUCACUUUCAUACUAUUGCUCUUGGGGGUCGCGUGCGGUUACGCCGGAAAGUUCUGCAUCGACACUUUGGGCGGGAGCGGAAAUCAUUGGCUCGUUUAUUGGGAGGCGCUGUGCUUGUUGCAUUUCCUCUCCAAUACUUUUUAUUCGACUCUUUUUUUCAUUCUCAACGGGCCUAUAGUUGUUGCUCAAAGAGCGGAACACAAUAAAACGGUGUUUCCUUAUUGGAUGAGGAGAUCGUUGUUUUAUUCCGCUUUGCUACUUCUCCCUUUGAUGUGCGGUUUUAUGCCUUUUGCGGGCCCGCGCGAGUGGUUUAAUCAUUUUGUAUCGAGCGCGUUGGAUCUUGUAGCGCAUGAAGACGAUGAUUGAAGAAAAAGUGUAGAUUAGGUGAUUGUAUUUGUAUCAUAAAUUUAUUUUUUUUGUCCAAUUAUGUACAAUGUUAUUUUUGCUAUUAUAUAUAUAUUUGUUAUUUAUGUUUGAGGUUUAUGAUUAUGUAAAUACUAAAUAGUGUAAUAUAUUGUUUGAGAGUAA